GACAAAUGCUCCCCCCGUCGACGUGCGCAUCCCGUCCCCGUCAGUCGAUCGUCCCAUCGAAGUGGCAACUGGCAAGGCUAGCCGCCUAGCCGUUCCGUCCGUUUGGGUAGUACCGACCUACUAGCUACUGCACCCGCACGGCGGCGCGAGGAGCGUGUGGGUAAGCUUAGGUGCCAUUUGUGGGUGGCUCGUGGUGGUGGUGUGUAUAAAAGCAGUCGUCGUUCGUGAAGCACAAGCUGCCCCCCCUCCUCUCCCUCUUCUCGUGUCAGCGCCUGGACCAAAGACGAUGGCCGUCCCUGUUGGUCGCCUCGCCGCCUCCACGCUCCUCCAGCUCCUCGUCUGGCUCCCGCUCCCCGCGUCCGCCUGCGACCGCUGCGUGCGCCACUCCAAGGCCGCAUACUACUACACCUCCUCGCUCACCCUCGCCGGCGGCUCCUGCGGGUACGGCACCGAGGCCGCCUCCUUCAGCGCCGGGCUCCUCGCCGCCGCCGGCCCCGCGCUGUACCGCGGCGGCGCCGGCUGCGGCGCCUGCUUCCAGGUGCGGUGCAAGGACAGGAAGCUGUGCGGCGCGGCGGGCGCCAGGGUGGUGGUCACGGACCGCGCCAGGACCAACGGCACCGACCUCGUGCUCAGCAGCACCGCGUUCGCGGCCAUGGCGCGCCCCGGCAUGGCCCGGCGCCUCGCCGGCCUCCGCGCCGUCGACAUCGAGUACAAGAGGGUGCCGUGCGAGUACAAGCACAGGAACCUGUCGGUGAGGGUGCAGGAGAAGAGGCGCUCCCCGGGGGGCCCUGGCGACCUCGCCAUCAGGUUUCUCUACCAGGGCGGCCAGACCGACAUCGUCGCCGUCGACGUCGCGCAGGUGGGCUCGUCCAACUGGAAGUCCAUGACGCGCCACAGCGGCGGGCCGGCGUGGAGCACGAGGCAGGCGCCGGCGGGGCCGCUCCAGCUCAGGGUGGUGGUGACGGGCGGCUACGACGGCAAGUGGGUGUGGGCGGAGCGCGAGGUGCUGCCGCGGCGGCGGCGCGCCGGCGAGGUCUACGACACGGGCGUCCAGAUCACCGACGUCGCCCUGGAGGGAUGCUUCCCCUGCGACACGCGCGAGUGGGAGUGAUGCGCAUGUGGACGAACCACGCCAGUGACGGCAGAAGCAGAAGCAGAAGCAGAAAACCAAACGCUGAAGCUUCGACUCAACUGAAGAGCCUGCCUGUAGAAUUGCUCUAGCUAGCUCCUCCGUGCCACUGCCCUUUUGGGCUUGCCUCAAAGGUCACCGGAGACGACGAGGGAGACGACUAAUUAACAGACGCUGACAGAGUGACGCGCGAGAGGAGAGGAGAGUUCCGAACCCCCCCUCUCCGCUGUACUGUACAUGAGCUGCUGACGUGUCGGAUAAGUAGUAGUAGGCUAGCGUCCCGGCGGGUGCUGGAAAGAAUAAUAAUAAUAAUGUAACGAAAGAUGGCCGGCAUGAGGUUGAGGGAGCGACCGAGCGUGAAGCAACUUGGGCGCCAUGGACAAUACAGUUGGGACACAGACACACCGGUCGUCUCCACUUGCUUUUGCUUA